AUGGCCACACAGCCACCAGCUGGACCGAGCUACCUCCUCACGAGCCGAGGUCUCUUCCGUGUGGACCUGGAGGGAUCGGACGCUUCCAUGGUGAAGGUCUGGAACGCAACGACGAAUUUCGGCAGCGGCGGCGAGCUGUCCAUGGGCGAGACGGGCCUCAUGCUCGUCACCAAGUUCGGCCUCCGCAGGUAUGCCUGGUAUCGCCGAAACAGCACGAGCGACUGGGAGUCCCUCACGGGCGUCUGGAACAAGAACGAGGAGUUCCCGGCUGCUGACGAAGUGGGUGCCUACCCCGAGACCUUCAGCGACAACCGCUACCAAG